AGAGGGAAGAGAUCUAAGGGAGGAAAAGACCACAGAAAGGAAUCUGAUGAAACAGUUUGCUUGUCCUGUAACUGCUGACAACUUGAAGGUGAGGAGUUGGUGCCUUCACUCCUCCAAAGGCUUUGUGAUUAUCAGAUGUUGGAAAAGCGUAAAAUUUCAUUUAACAGCCUGGAAUGGACUGAUGAGAGUGGUGAAUGCUUAAUGCAGGGAUAUAGAAGUGCCUUUCAAGACUUUACUAAUACAAAUCUAACAUGUCGUUUAAUGAAGAAAAAUUUGAACAAUAUCUAAAUCAAUCAGGGACAAUUACUGAAAUUAAAGAUGAGUUCAUCUAUGUAAUUCUGACAUCAUUAAACAAAAUAGUGAGACGAGUAAAUGACCUUGAUAAAUACACUGAAGACCUAUUUGGAAAACUAGAUAAAGAGAUUCAUAGCAUCUCUUUUAAACUUAAGAUUUUACAAGAAAAUAUAAUCCAGUUAACUGAUGCUAUUACUCAUAAAAUUCCAAAUGAAGUGUUAUCCAUGCAAGUGUGGAAAUCAAGGAAGACUUUUCCAAGUUUAACUAUUGAAACACAGCAAGUACAGCAAGUAUACUCCUGCACAUCAUUACCUGUUAACAUCUUUGAAAGAAAUAAUGCUAAUAGAGCGAUACCACUUCUUACAGUGCCUUCACACUACCAAAAUGAUACAGAAGAUUCAAGUUCUUCUGACAGUUCAUUCCACUCAUGUUCACAUUGUUCCAAACUUGUAAAAGAAAACAUAUCUGUGAAUAAAGAACAAACAAGUGAGAAAAAACACAUACAGGACACACAUCUAGACCAUGCUAGUGAACCAAGAAAUUUACUACAGUGUCAACUGGUAAAAAAACCUAUCUCUGAGGAUCAUAUUCCAUCCUCUGGUAGUGCAGUAUCUCAUUCAUAUUUAGAUAAAUCUGAUGGUGGCUCUUUGUUAUACAUUUUUCCACUGAAUAAAAGGAAGCUUCAACGAAAGACUGUAGAGAACAUCUUACCUGGUGAGCAAGAACACUCACAUUACAAUAUUGGGCAUAUGAGCAAUUCACGUCCUCGUAUCCUUUAUGGAACUGGUAAGGGGGACGUGGUGCUCAGCCAGCCAUCUAUAAUUCAUUAUAAAUCAGAAGUAUUUGUCAACCCUCUAGCACCAGAAGCACCACCAUUACCAUCUGACUGGGCGAUCCAGCUUACCAGUUCUAAAAGUCCAUCUGCUCAUAGAGUUGUAAGAUCAACAGGCUCACCAUUAACAUCUUCGGUACUUGUUUUGGAAAAUACAACAACAACAACAACAACAACAACAACAACAACAACAACAUCUUCUUGCUUAAAGACUACAUCUAACAUAGAUCUAAAUAUGCCACCUGAAUUCACUUCAACACCAGAUUCUCUUGAAUGUUUUAAAGAAUCUUUUAAGCUGCAACCGGAUGAUCUAAGUCCACAAAGCCAAGAUCAAAUGAUCCCUCCACUUUUAUAUCCUUCAGUAAUUUCACUAAAUAAUAAGUCAUGGAACUCAGUUGUGGAUCUUAUUGACUCUGCUUUAGCUGUGCUACCACAACAUUCCACUUGUCAACCCAUAAAGUCUUUUGCACAAUCAGCUAAAUCUACAAAUUCAUUGCCAGUAUCUCCAUCCAAAUCAAGAUCUACACAUGAACCACUAUCAGAAAACCAAGUCCCAAAUACAUCAGAGUCUUUGAGUGCCCAAUUACCAAGUUCAUCCAGGGUACCACAAUAUUCUGUUCCAGUAUCUGUAUCAUCAAGCCCCCAAACAAAUCUGCCACCUUCACCAAAACGUUCUGUGAGCCACUUAACAAAACUUAUCGAAGCACAGUCAAGAUUACCCAUGACAAAUCCAAAAGGACAUUUGCAUUCUUCACAGUCAAAACUAUCAUGUUUCACCUCAACAAAAGUUACUACUCUACAAUCAUCAUUGUCUUCUGUGAAACCAACAUCCAUUUCAAACCAUAGAGCUGUAGCAAUAAGUCAGUGUGCAAUAGUGCCAAUGCAUCCUGGUGUGAAGCAAAGUCCUUCAUCUUCAUCAUUCCUCCCAAUAAUGAGCAAAGCAAGGAAAGCAUUGAUGGAAGCAAUAAGAAAAGGUGUUCGACUACGCAAAACUCGAGACAUCAUAUCAAAAGAUGUAACUAAGAUUUCUGAAAAUGAAGCAGAUAUGAUUCGGGUCCGUCGUAAAGCAAUGGGGUAUAAUUCAGGAAAAUCAGAUAGUGAGACGGAAUGGGUUGAAGAAACAUAAAUAAACCCAUCAAAAGUAAAAAAUAA